GAACACGUUCUAAUGAAGCAUCUCAUUCGUAAUUAUGAAAAAUCUGUGAGACCAGUUUUUGAUGCUUCGAAAUCAGUCAACGUUGAUUUAGGGUUAACUUUGACUCAAAUAUUAGACUUGGAUGAAAAGAAUCAGGUUUUAACUACCAAUGUAUGGCUAGAAGCAGAAUGGUAUGAUGAAAGAUUGGUAUGGAACGCUAGUGAUUUUGAGGAUAUAAUAUCUAUAAGAAUACCAUGCGAUACAAUAUGGCUGCCAGAUAUUGUUUUAUAUAACAGCGUAGAUGAUUAUACAUCGGGUUACAUGCAGAGUUUAGCUAUGGUGUACAAUAACAGCAGAGUGUUUUGGGGUCCCGUUAUUAGAUUUAGAAGUUCCUGUAAAAUAGACAUCACAUUUUUUCCUUUUGAUAACCAAAUUUGUAAAUUGAAACUUGGAUCUUGGGCUUACAAUGGGUGGCAGGUUGAUGUGUGGAACAGAUCAAAUUCGAUGGAUUUAUCUAAUUUUGUUGAUAACGGUGAAUGGGAGCUGUUAGGGUUAGCAGUAGAAAGAAAUGUUGUAACCUACAAUUGCUGUAACGAACCUUUUCCAGAUGUUACGUUCUAUAUCUAUCUAAGACGACGUAUUAAGUAUUAUUUUAUGAACAUUAUUAUUCCAUGUAUCAUUCUAUCAUUCCUGUGUUUAGCAGGAUUUCUGCUACCGCCUGAGAGUGGUGAGAAAAUCACACUGGGUCUCUCCGUAUUACUGACUAUAACUGUAUUUAUGCUAAUGGUAGCUGAUAAAAUGCCACAAACAUCAGAGUCUAUCUCAGUUAUCAGUAUUUAUCUGAUGGUUGUAUUAACGACGAGUUGUUUAUCAGUGCUUUCUUCAGUAUUUAUUCUGGGUAUUCAUCAUCAGAGAGGCAAACCGCACAAAGUUCCCACAUGGCUGAAAAUGUUCGUUUUCCGAUUUUUAUCACCCCUACUGUGCAUUAAACAA